CGAGAUUUCCACGGGACGGGGGAGCUGGAGAAUCGUCCUGUCUGGCGAGAGAAUAUGUUGCUGAGAGGAGUUCGACGCAGGCGCCGAAAGAAUCGAUGGAAUACGGAGGUCGAAGUGGGCGACCACUGCCCGAGCCUUGACUCUGCGCUGCGCUGUGCUCGAUUCGAUUCUUGUGCUCGUCGCGGCACAUCAGGUACACCUCUCCGCUCCACUCCACUCCUCUGCACUCCAUGGCUCUGCUCUGCUCUGCUCUGUCAGCUGAUUGACUGACUUCUUCAAGACGGAAGGGAAUGGCUCGGUCGUUGGAUCGGCCACUCGAGGGUUCUUGGGGGAAUCUUCUCGGAGUGCUUCUUAAUUCGACCAGAAGCUGCAAAGCAUCGGGGGUUUAAGAAUUCUUUGUCGGAUGAUCCCCGCGCGCCGCAUCUUGAUCGGGCUGAGAUCGGUCGUUCACGAAUCGGCGCCGAAUUGCUCGUUGCUUCUUCUUGGAAGUGCUACUUCGAUGCACCGAGUGGGAGUGAGGUCCGACGCAUCAUUCUAAUGGCCGGUAGUACCACAGGCAAUUCCGACCGAGCCAGUCUUGAACUCGCCAUACAUGAUGCUUGCGCCAAGUCUCCUGAAGGGUCCGAUCUGCUCAUAUGUGCAUUCAUUCAGGCCCUUCGAAGCUAUCGUCGCUUUUCAGUAUGUGCACCGUUUCCGAGCUUUCUGAUCAACGACGCGAGGAAUAAAAACUUCAAAUCCGCAAGUGAAGCCGUCGCAGGCUUCCCAUCAACGAAAGAAGUGGCUUGGUCGGAAUUGUACGAGCCCGGUGACAAUGAAAGUGUCGUACAGUCCCUUCAGCACCUUUCUGUCCAAGCAUUGAUGCUGCUGAACUGGAUACUGCGGUACCGGUAUAAUUUACAACAUGUAGAAGAUCCGAAUGAGGAAUUCAGGAGCUUUCUUUUCCCAAAAUCUCCAUGGGGAAAUAUUCGAGACUCCAUUCUGAAUCCGUCCUUCGUACUCAAGGUACAAGAGGUAGAUGAGGGGAAGCGGGGAACUACUGCCUUCGAAGCGAUCAGAACCAAACAUGGAAGUAUAAUGGCUUUUCAUGGAACCACAGCAGAGAACCUUCACAGCAUAUUACGUUGCGGUUUGCUGAACAUGAGCAAAACCCCAUUGCAAAGGAAUGGAGCCAUGUUUGGAGAGGGUGUGUACCUGUCAACUGAUCUAUCAGUUGCUCUGACGUUCAGUAAGUCCGGCGAGUCGUGGGAGCGCUCAUGUUUGGGCUCGAAGGUAAGCUACGUGCUUCUGUGUGAAAUUGCCAGAGGUGAAGGUGUCGAGUGCUCCACCUCUCCCAUAGCCGAUAACACGGCCAGUAACGGGAAGCUUAGCUUGCGCACCCAUGGGACCUACGUGGUGGUACAAAACAGUGAUCUGCUGAGAAUCAGGUACGUGCUUGUAUAUAGCGAUUCCCCACGAACUCUUCUAGAAAGUCAGCAACAGCGCGUUGAAGUAAAGCAACCUAUCAAUCAGGCCUUCAAAGGUAAAAUGAGUUUGUUCACCUUGGUCAUAGUGUUGUACCUUUUUGGUCUGAUCGUGUUGGGCUACCUCAAGGGAGCCAAGAGCACCAGAUUGUCGAUGCUGCUAAAGCAGUUGUGGUGGAUCUUGGACAUGAUAAGACAUCGAAUAGAUAAGUGGCUCGAUAGUUGGACACUUCCUCCAAAAACUCUGCAGUAAGGAGCCACUUCUUAUAUGUAGUCUAGCAGUCCUUGUUCAAGCGGUCGAGGUGCUACUCAGCCAUUUCGGCUAAGACUUCGGACACUCUCACCUAUUGGGUCUCGUGCCCCCCGGGGCCACAAAGUGCGUAGCACCUCUCCUUAUAGUCUCGUGCCUUUGGCUUCCACUUCGUUGCCAGUCGUUUUUGAGUACGUUGGCACAUGAGUUUACCAUCAUCUGUAGUAAAAAAUUGUACAUAAUAAGAUCGGCCGGAAAUUUUUCACGUGCUGGAUGUCAUUUUUCACUCGA